AUGGAUGUUCAAAUUAGGGAUAGCCUGUAUAAUUUCAGCAUAGUUACUUGUCAGCUAGCACUCAGGCUCCCAAAUGGAAAGAGAGAAAGUGGAGAGAUUGAUAUUGUCCUUAUAGAUGCUAUAUGCCCUAUUUUGAUAUCGAAGAGAGUAUUGCUCGCAUCUAGCAUUGAACUGAUGUUUUUGUUGCUGGGCAGAGCAAAGCUGGUGAAAGGCCAGGGGCAGAGCAAAGCUGGUGAAAGGUCAGGGCAGAGUAAACCUGGAGAAAGAAGUAGUUCUACAGGAACACCAUCGAUAAGUAAAUCAAUUACUAGUUUGGAAGCCAUGGGCGUACGUGUAUUCGGCCUUGAUGAACCACUUGUUGGUAAUGCCAAAGAAGAGGUAUCAUGGGAUACCAUUGCUGGCUAUGAUCAGCAAAAGAGGUAUUUAAAAUGCGGGGCUUUGACGGUGAAUUAUUUCUGA